GUGCAAAGGCGAAGGAAGGCCAGAGGUCUCAAGGAGCCCGCCGCUCCAUUGCCCCUUGCUGGUCUGGACCCGUCGGUCGUGACAGCGGCCCGUGCGGCUGGGGUUUCGGAAGCCGCUCUCGGCGAGAUGCACGCCUUGAUUUCCCGGACGCACACCGGGCGGCAGAAGCCGGAGCCCGCGGCCGACGUGCUCGGCGAAUCCGAGGAGGAGCUGCUCCCCUCCGAAGAGUAUGGUGCCCAGCCGGGUUCAGCUCCUCAGGUUCCAGCUCCCAGCCACGGCCCUCGAGAGGCGGAGCUCUUCGCGACAGCCUUGGUGAAAGCAGUCGAGUCGAUGUGCAAGCCGGCAGGGAGCAGCUCCCCCCUCGAGCGUGCUCUCGACGGCGCCGGUGGUGGGUCAGGAGAGGGCUUGUCGCUGCCGUCAGCCAGGAGAAACUCAGCUGCACGCCGGGCUCUGCGGGAUGCCUUGGUCACUUCCCCUCACGAGAUCUCCGCGGUGAUAGAAGCCCUGAUGGCGGAGGACCUGGCUUCAGUGUCUCCUGGCGUGGCCGUUCCGGGCCAGACCUCUGCGAGAGCUUGGGCCGAGCACCGAUCGCGGGUGUCAGCUUACCCCUCGUCAGUGUGCUUUGGUGACGCGACACCAAAGUGGGCGGUGUGGUUGAUGGCCGGCGCCUUAGACUGCCUGCGGACCGACCGCCCGGCCCAGGCACGCGCACGAUUGAACCUCGGGCUCAUGAUCUUCGAUCAGAUGUCCAUAGACCACGGGUCCUUUGUGAUGGCCGGCGAAUUGGCGCUGGAGGUCCCCCCGCCCAUCCAGAGCUUCAGGCAACACGAGGGGCAUGCGACAGGCCAGGUCUACUCGAGGCUCCUCGACCCAAGGUGGGCAGAAGUCGCGAUAGGGCACUUGAAAGAGCAGGCCGAGUUCCCCGAAAAACGUGCAAAGCUCGGCCGGCAAAACCAGCCACAGCCCCCGAGCGAUACCCAGCCCGACGCAGAGGAGGCUGCUCCGAAAGGCUUGCUGAAUUCACUGCCCCGCCUUUUGCUUAAGUCUGCGGGUCCUUUUGCCUCUUGUCUCCGAUCCUCGCUUGCAGACGGUUUUCCGUGGCCCUGCGCCAUUGAGGCCAAGGCCGGGACCCCUUUGAACCGGCACCAGAAGCGGUGUGUCAAGCGGCUGGAGGCUGCUAUGUUUGGCACGAGUUUUCCUUUUCAUUUUUCUGCGGCCGACCUCGGCCGCCACGCUGCUAAGGUUGAAGCACAGAAUGACAUACUGGCCGCUUUGGGCCGGGCCGCCGACUCGAUUUGCAGAGCGAGCGGCUACUUUGGACCUCCCAGUGCCCUGGGUGUUUCAACGGAGGCCGAAUCUCAGGUUUUUCCUCAGAAACGGACGAUUCCGCCAAGGGCCAAGCUGAAGGUUCGGCAGGAAAGUAGGCAUGAGAAGCCCUCGCCUGGGGAAUGGUCGGCCAGCUUUCCACUGCUAUGCCGAUCGCCGCCCGGCCCAUCGUACGUCGCUCCUCUGAGCUUCGCCCGGGAUCCGCAAGAAGCCCCCCCGCCUCCUGCCGUUAAGGUUUUAGGCCGUAAAGAGGAGAAGCUCAAGCUGUACCGGGCUCUGGCGCAGAGUGGGCGACUCCUGCCCGCAACCUUCCCCGAGGGGCCAGCCAACGGCCUUGAGAGCCCGGUCUCCUGCUGGACCAAGAGCCUUGCCUCGGCUGUCGCCGUGACCACUCUCGUGCUGGAGCCCGACCGCACCAUGGUGUUCUCAGGAGCGGACCUGCGCGAGUGCUUUUACCAGUUUGUUGUGGGCGAAGAACGGCUGCGACGCAACAUGAUUGCUGACCGCCUCGAUGCAGAGCAAGCUGCCUUUGUGUUUGGGAGGUCAAUGGCCGACCAGCUCGACCACACCGGUCACUUGUGCAUCGGGUUCGCCUCUCUUGCUAUGGGCGACUCCGGGGCGUGCGAGUACACUCAGUGUGCGCACCUCGGAGUCGUUGCGCGAGGGGGAGCGCUGCUUCCAGGCGAGCUCCUUGUUCACGGCUCCCCUCCGCCGCGAGGUUUGCUCUCGAUAGGCCUCAUCAUCGAUGAUCUCAUUUGCUUGGAUCGCGUGGUGACCUCGCAGCUUGCCGGGGUUCUGGAAGGGACGGUGCCCUCUGUCGGGCACGACCGCCUGCAAGCGGCGCUCGCCGCCUACCGGGAAGCCCCUUUGGAAGUUUCCGACAAGAAGGUGUUCUCGAACCAGGUCCAGGCGACCGUGGAAAUAGGCCUGGCAACCCAGCACCUUCUCGAAUCUCUGGCCGGCUGCUGGAUCUCCAUCUUCAUUCUCAAGAGGCGCCUGCUCUCUGCUAUGAGCCUGAUCUUUGAUGCCUGUGCUGUGGGAAGUGCCGGGACUUUGGUGCGCCUCUCUCCCGAGCUCCGUGCUGAACUUGGGACCUUAGCUUUGCUCGGGCCCUCGUGUGCCGUGAACCUCCGGGCCCAGGUCGAUCCGACCGUCACGGCCACUGACGCAUCAUCAAGCCACCAGGCUGCCGCCCGAGCUCCUUUGCCCCAGGCCGUCGCCGACGAAGCUUACCGGCAGAGUGUGCAAAAAGGGGCCUGGACCAGACUCCUCGCUCCCCCGAGCGCCUGGUUGAAGUCUCAUGGGAUGCUUGAAACCUCGGGCGAGCUGCCGGGAGAGGAAGAGUACAAGGCCCUCCCUCUUUACUGCGCUCUCGCAGCAUGCCCUCGCUACCGGGAGCUCUGGUGCAAGGGGUACAAGAACUGGGUGCACAUCAACGUCGCUGAACUUGAAGCCUUCCUCAGGGAAGAAAGGCGAGCCGGUGCCCGGAGCCCUUCGAGCCGAUUCCUCUUCGGCCUUGACAGCCAGCCGACGACCCUACCCGCGGCCGUGAAGUCCGCGAGCCUAGCGCAGCUACUCGGGCCGCUGGCUUUGGUUGCAGUGGUGACGCUUUCGAGGGCGACCGAGCCGCCAGAGCUCCUGCCUCCGCCGUUGCGGCUUAACCAGGUUGAAGCGUUAGGUUGCCCUUGGGUGUUGGUCCUCGAUGCUGGCUGCCUCUUUAACCGGUGCCCCGACUUCGACGAGAAUGCGGAAAAGGUCCUGUGUCUUCUCUCUCGCGGCGCCUUCCUGGCCGUCGGAGCUGCACCGGUGAUCUCGACUUUCUCCAAGGCCUGUGUUCCCAGAGUGCGGUCGAGCACUGCCGUGCAAGGCUCCGAGCACCUCGCACCCAGCAUGCACCAGAAGGACCUGACUUACUGGUUCGACUGCCCCGACUCUUCCUGGUGGUGGCGCAUGGCUGGCUGGGAGGCCGAAGCGAAGCCCUCUUCAGCCGGGACUUGGCGAGUCGACAUGUGCCGCUUCGGGUCCCGCUGGCGCAAGCGCACCCGCAUCGCCACCAACACGAGCUUGCAAGGAGCCCGGCCUUGGACUUCUGUUGCGGGUGACAAGCCUCGUGGCUUCCACUGUGCCCUCGCGACCGCUGUGGCUUCUCGAUGCGGAUGGUGCCAAGACCGUCCUCUCGACGCGGCUGCUUGUGCCAAGCUGCCCAACUGCUGCCGGGUCGGUGAGGCUGCUAACCCUGGGCCCCGACCUCCUCGUGCUCGCCCUGCCGGGCUUGACCUCGAGCGUGCCUGGACUUCUUUCCUUCUGUGGUGCUCCACCGUCCUUUCGUUCGAUCCUACCGUGUCGUUCGUUAGCUGCCCCGCGCUCCUCGCCAUGGUCCUCCGUGCCUAUGGGAAUUACUUGUUUCAGUCUGGAUUGUCUCUGCAAACCUACAGGUACACCAUUCUGGCUGCUCAGAGGCUUUCUUGGGGCAUGCGAGGGCAACUGGGUGCUGCUUGGGAACUGGUGAGCAGGUGGGAACGACUGCAGCCGGUGCGGCACCGCACCCCGGUGCCCGAGGCUGUGGUACAAGCUAUGAUCGUGUUGGCCUGGGCUAAAGGCUACCGCCGCUGGGCUGGGGCGACUCUUUUGGCUUUCUACGGGCUGGCGCGAAUUGGGGAGGUCUUAAAGUGCAGGCGUGAGCACCUCUUGCUUCCGCGAGAUCACAUGUCUGAGCUGAGGGUGGUCUUCUUAAAGCUUGACGCGGCGAAGUCUUCUUCCCGAGGGGGAGCCAAGGUGCAACACCUCCGAGUUGACCUCGACCUGGCCGUGCUGCUGCUGGAGAAGAUCUACGCGCCUUUUUGCCAUCAUGACUGGAUAUACCCCUUCGGCCCUGCAACCUAUCGGGCGAGAUGGGACUUUCUUCUGGGGGCCUUUGGCAAGGCCACGCUGACCCCCGGCGGCCUUCGUGGCGGCGGAGCGGUGUGGGCCUAUCAUCGUGGCUCCUCUGUCUCGGACAUACAGUGGCGGAUGCGUUUGCAGCACCAGCAGACUCUGGCUUUCUACCUCCAGGAGGUAGCGGCCUUGAAUAUCAUUCUUGACGCAGGGCCGGACGCCAGAACCACUCUGUUUGCUGCUGCGCAGCUUUUCUCUUCUCUAUCGGCUUCUUCCUGA